AUGAGAUUUUUUGUUCCUUUUUUUGCCUUUUUGGCACUUGUUAGUGCUGAGGUUGAGAACUUCGAAUUCUAUGGUGAGAAAUCACAGGCCAUGUACUCAUGUGCCUACGGUCUUUACCAAGAGGUGAUUUUUGGAACCGGUGUUUACUUGCCUUACUGUAACAAUAUCAAUGGUAUGGCCUCCCUUAUGGGAUGUAUUGCAUAUGAAGGUAGAAAUACUUCAGACAUUUUUGACUUCAUCAUCAACUACUGCGGAAAGUACUACGAGACGACUGUCACUGAAAAGAACUUGACAGAUGCUUUGGCUUAUUAUUACGAACACGCAGUACCACUUGAGAGUGUCGAGAACUUCAACUAUUCGAUUCCCGUUACUGUUCCUAUUAAAGUUAACGAGACAAGAGUUGACUUGUUCAAAGACUCAUACAAGGUCUUCUUAGGAAACUACGAUGAUUCCUUCUGGUAUGGUAUUGGGUGUGUUGGAUAUUGGUUCCUCGUUGCACUCAUCUCAAUGGUAGUAAAUUGGAGUGCCAUACUUUUCCCAAACCUGCGCAACUUCUUUAAUGGCUUCUUCUCCAAGUUGUCUAGAAAGUAUGUUCUCAUGCCCGCUUUGGUGAAGAAGAAGAAGUCUACGUCACAGAGAUUCUUGUUUAUUUUUGAUUUUCUUAUUCCUUCUCGUGUCGAGUCAUUGGUGAUUUUUGUCUUCUUCUGGUUGGUAUUCAUUUUGAAUGCCGUUGGCAUUUAUUAUGUCAAGAAUGACCCAAUUUUCGAAGAAAGCAGAACCCUUGCUAUCAACCGUUAUGUGGGAGACAGAACAGGAAUCAUUUGUACUAUUCUCAUUCCAUUGUUGGUACUCUUGGGAGGAAGAAACAGUUUCUUGCAAUACCUUACUAGAUGGAAGUUCACCACCGUUAUGGCUUACCAUAGAUGGAUUGCAAGAUUGGUUGUACUCAUGGCCUUCAUUCAUUCCGUUGCAUACACUCGUAUUUUCAUUAUCGAAGGAUACUAUGCUGAAGACAUGGCCGAAAACUACUUGAUCUGGGGAACCGUCGGUACUGCCUGUGGUGCUCUUAUCUGUUUCCAGGCUUUGUUGUUUUUGAGAAGAAGAUGGUAUGAGACAUUCUUGGUGUUGCACAUUCUCUUGGCUAUUUUCUUCCUCGUAGGCACAUGGUAUCACGUCUGGGAAUUGGGUUACGGUCAAAUUAUGUAUGCUGCAUUUGUUGUGUGGGGAUUUGAGAGAUUGGUGAGAAUUAUUAGACUCUUGGCCUUUGGUUUCCCAAAGGCUGAAAUAUCAUUGAUCUCAGAUGAGACCAUUAAGGUGGUAGUACCCAAGCCCAGCUACUGGUCUUCAAUUCCAGGUGGCCACGCAUGGCUCUAUUUCGGAGGAAUCAUGUUCUGGCAGGCUCACCCUUUUACCUUGAUUGAAGAGGACGGAGCUAUAAAAUUCUAUUGCAAAGUCAAAGGUGGUGUGACCAAGUCCUUGUACAAGAAAUUGAUCAAGGUUCCAGGUAAGAAAUUGUCUGUCAGAGUUGGUGUUGAGGGACCAUAUGGUGAGAGCCAUCCUAUUAAGCACCACUCCAGUGCUGUCUUUGUUGCUGGUGGAAGCGGAAUCCCAGGUCUUUACAGUGAGUUGAAGGACUUAGCUGACAAGAAUCCACAUUCCAAGCAAGUAUUAAAACUUGUGUGGAUUAUCAGAGAAAUCAAGAGUUUAGCCUGGUUCUACAGUGAGUUACAGGCAUUGAAGAACACUAACGUGGAAACGACUAUCUACAUUACCCGGCCAGAAGAUGUUAAUGGAAUAGAAGAACUUGGUGCUUUGAUCUCUGCAACUUCAGACUCGGAUUCUCAGGAGAAGUCUGAGAAGGUGGUAUCCAGUGAAAUCCUUGAUCAAGUGGCUCGUGACUUGCAGCAUGUUAAGUUUUUGGAAGGUCGUCCUAACCUUGAAGGUAUGAUUGCUACUGAAAUUGGCGAAGCUGCUAACAGUACCGCAUUCGUGACAUGUGGACACCCAGCCAUGGUUGAUGAAGUCAGAUAUGUGGUUGUACGCUCGAUUGAGAAAACCAACAAGAGAGUCGAUUUCUAUGAAGCCUUGGAGAUUUGGGCUUAG